AUGUCGGCCGUCGCCUACGUGGACUUCGUGGCGGCGCAGUGCCUGGUGUCUAUCUCCAACCGCUCGGCCGGGCCCCCCACCCCCGAGGCGGCGGCGCGGCUGAAGGUGCCGGGGGAGGCGGAGACGGGCCGCGAGAUGCGCGACCCGCGGGACGCCUGGAAGGACUACUGCGCCCUGCUGGCCAUCGCCAAGAGCCUGCUGGAGCUGAACAAGUACCGCCCGCUGCCCGCGCCCUCGGUCUGCAGCGACAGCCUCGAGAGCCCCGACGAAGACGCGGGCUCCGACAGCGACGCGGCCGCUACCUCGCCGUGCUCCGGCCCCGCGCCCGCGCCGCCCUCCCGCCUGCGCGGCGCCGCCGCCGCCGCCGCCCCCAAGGCGAAGCUGGCGGCCGAGAAGCGGCACAAGUGCCCGUACAGCGGCUGCGGCAAGGUGUACGGCAAGUCCUCGCACCUGAAGGCGCACUACCGGGUGCACACAGGCGAGCGGCCGUUCCCCUGCACAUGGCCUGACUGCCUUAAAAAGUUCUCCCGCUCCGACGAGCUCACCCGGCACUACCGCACCCACACCGGUGAGAAGCAGUUUCGGUGCCCUCUCUGCGAGAAGCGCUUCAUGCGGAGCGACCACCUGACGAAGCACGCUCGCCGCCACACUGAGUUCCACCCCAGCAUGAUCAAGCGAUCCAAAAAGUCCAGCUCUGGUUCCUUGUGAAGGCAGAGCUGGCCCAGGAAGGGGAGCGGGGUGCAAGAGCCACAGGUGUGGCCCGGAGAGCAGCGGCAGAGGAGGCCCCGCUCACCAUCAGGAAGCACAUGUAGCUGAUGUCCAAAACCUAAGCACUCGGCGUGCUCAGCUCCUGCUCUCCAGUGCUGGCUGGGAACAGCCAUCUUGAUGAAGGGGAUAGCGGCAAGAGGGAAGGACGGGACCACCGCCUUCCCCAAUCUGUCGCAUUCGGACUGGCAUACUUAUGUCCCACGGGACGGUCCGGCCAGUGAAACCACAGUAGCGUGACUCCGGGUCUUUGUGAUUGCUGUGUCAUGAACAUGUUUUGUUGAACAAUGUAAUGCUGCUUGUGUUUAGAGUCUGUCAAGUAAAACCACUUUCCGAGUCACAUAAGUAAUUCUCAGAUAUAAACUCCAUAGCACAUUGUAGAAGUGGGUUUACUUCUAUCUCAGAAUGAUCCUUCAUUUUAAAAGACUGUUAAGAGAAACAUUACAUGUGUUACUAAUAGCAUCUGAUUGAUAUUCUGAAAUAAGGUGAAUUUAUACUCAAGAAGACCUGUGAAACUAACUGGGUCUUUUUAAUUUUUCUUUGUAUUAACUAUACUUUUGAAUAUAAGCUGCACUUUUCCAGUAAAAACAUGUGUAAUUCAAGCAGAUACUUACAGCAAAAAACACCGACACAACAACUCAGUCAUUUUCUGACCAUAUGUGUAUUUAGCUCUGUUAUUCGUUUACCUGGAAAAAUACAAGUCAGCCUACAUAAUGUGGCGGGGAGGAUGAGGGCAGAAACAUACGUCUCUCAAUUGAUCUAUCUUUUCAUUUGUCAAUAAAUACAGUACUGUACUAUAGAAAUGCCACUAACAGUGCUUUAUUCUGCUGUGUUUUCUUUGAAUGGAUGCAUAACAGCAGCUACCAUCUUUGUAAACUGCUGCUUUUUUACAGGCUUUUUCUCUUCAUACACUUGCCUUAAAGAUUUAUUCUCUUCAUACACGUGCCUAACUCCUACCACGUCCAAUGGGAGUUCCGUGUGCUUAUGGAGAGAGUAGACCUUUCCUGAAGAGCACUCUGCUGAUGGAAACAGCUAAAUUUAUUGUAAAGAGCGCUUCAAAAGGGCUCCUGUAUCUCUUGAUUGCUGUUUCUGUAGAGUAUGAGGGAAAACCAUGAGCUAAUUGGAAAUACAACACGGAAGAUGUGUCCUAAUAUUCCUUCUGGCAUCAGCUUCCCUGGGUACCAUGCAAUCGUACCUGUGUCAUAUGUGACACAUCCAAUACUGAUCAAGGCAAUACUACUUUUAAUUUACAGCUACAUUUUCCUCCCUUCAAGGAGCAAAAUGAUCACUGAAGGGAAACUUUCAAAUCAUGAUAAUUUUCUGUGCAUUUCAUCUUCUUUAUGUUAAAAGCAUGAACCAUACAAGGUUAUUUUUCCCCCCUCCCCAGAUACUUGUAGGGGGGAGAAUUAUGUUUACACAUUAUUUCUUCCUGAAUCAUUCUUUUUCUGUUCUGUUUUUACUCCUUCCUCCAGAAGAGGAAGGGGAGGUGCAGCCCUGCUAUAGAGACUUAGGGCCCAAUUCAUCUCGGGAGUAAUCACACUGAAAUCUGAAGUGUUUCCACUGCAGAUGAAUUUAGGUCAUCCUGUAAAAUUCUGUACAUAAAGAUCUUGUUAGUACACCUGCAGUUACAGUAUCUUAUUGUUUUACCUGAUAAAAAGCUUGCUUCCUAGAAACAAAUGUUAAGAAAUGAACUCAGAGAGUAGAGUAUUUUCUUCUACAGUUGUAUAAGGCUUUCAGCAUUAGAAAUCAGUUUGCAUAUAGUGUUUUUACCUGUGUAGUUCUUGAUAAAUUCUGUCUAUGUGAAGAGAACUGCUUUUAAGGCAUUAGGGAUACUGAGCAGCCUGUGGAGUAAAAGGGAUGUGUUUUCUUCAGUGAAGACAUCAGGAAACCAAGCACACUUUCUACCUCCGUUUCAGCUUUGUGAAACAUUUAUUUUAGAAACCAAACUUUAAUUUCUGGUGUCCAAAUUGAGUUGUAGGAACUCCUAACAAAAAGAGGUAGCCUCGGUAUUUCUACUGAUCUAGGAAUACAGAAAUCAUUCUGCUUACCAAUACUGUUAAUGCUGCCUUGUUGAGUGGUGUCAGGGCCACGCGUCACCCAGUGAGAUUCAGUGGAGCGUGCACAUUCAUCUUCUGUCUUCUCUGUGAAGAUCAAAGUAAGCUUUUGAGUCUGCCCCACAGUCUGGGUUGUUGCAGUUUUGUAGGACAAAUGCAGUACUUAGAAUGUUAAGGCCUGGUCCUGUGAAGUACACAACACCCUCACACGCUGUCAAACACAAUGGGAAGUCACAUCUGAUAAGCAGCUCCUAAACCAAUAUGCAAAUGUUUUGGUCACUUAGUUACCUACACAUGAAAGUAAAUGGCCAGAUUCAUGGAUCCCAGCUUCAAUAUUUGGGGUAGAAUGCACAUCUAAGGAAAUGUCAUCAUUGUUUCUUCCUUUUCUAAAAGAAUUAAUGGGGGAGGGGAAGGUACUUAGGUCCACAGAAGAAGGGGAAAACAGAUUAGGUUGUUAUCACUGAUGACAACAUCCUGUUUCUGAAAAAAGAAACAAAACCUGAAGCAGUAACCAAUUUGCUCUAAUACAUCCUGUAUUUCAGCAUAGGACAGACAGCAUUAACGUGAUUCAUUUACCACUAGCGGAGGACAUGGGGAAUUAUCAGGUGUAGAGAAUUCAUUUUAUCAUGUUAUUCAUUCGGGUUUUUAGUUGUUCUUCUAGUAAAGACAAAGAACGGAUCUAACACAUGAACAAACUCCAGGUUAGUUUUCUGCAUCUUGAAGUUAGGUUUGAAGAGUGUUGCGAUGUUUGAAAGAAAAGGAAAAUCAAGUUCUCUAAUACCAUUCGUACUUACUGUACUAUUUUGGAAAUAAUUAAUAGUGCUGAAGUUAGGACAGCUCCUCUCCUUGGUUAAGAAAGCCCAUUACUAUAGAGAAGUCGUGGCUUUAAAGGUAUAGCUAUACAUACUUCAACAUAUUUCAUUUUUUGCAACAGUUUUUCAUGACCGUUAUUACAGAUCUGUUUUCAGUUUGCAGAUGGACUUAGUCCAGCACACACCAGACUGGACGUGUUCUUCAAAAUGCUGUUUUACAGAUUCAUGAUCUGUAACACUGUAAAAUACCAACCUCCAGCAGUUUAAUCAGUUUUAUUUUUGUACAGUAUUCGUAUCCUUUAUAAGUUAUUUUGCUGUCCUGUUUUGUAAAUCACAUGAAAUUGUAAAAAAAAAAAUAAAAGCAAAAGAAAAAAAAAAAAGUAGGCAUAGAUGUUUUUGUACAUAUGUAUAUAUAUUGUCCAAAACAAAAGAAAAAAGAAAAAAAGAACAAAAAACAAAUGUCGUUCUGAAUGUUUGGAGUCAAAAGGUGAUCAUGUAAACCAGUUUGGAUGAUUAUUAAAAAAAUGCUGCUGCACACGAUGAAAUCCAUGAGUUAAGUGCUAUAUGAACCUGUUUGAAAGGUCCUGGCAUUGUUUGUUAUUAUUAAUGAAGCUUGGGGCUUGUUUCUCUGCUUUUCCCAGCUAUUUUCACAGAUGUUCCUUCCCCCCCUUGUGGGCAGGUACAACUUGCUGUGGCAGUAUGGGGGUUCUUCACUGGCUUGCUGUGUCCAUGCAGCCUCUGAAGAAAGGAAAGGCAAGGAGCCUUGCCCAAGAAGCUCACUGUCAUUUGCAGUCUGGACUAGCUAAAAGCUACCAAUACAAACUAACAUCAUUUGGCAUGUGGGAACUGUGCUAAGGUGCAGCAGCAAGAUGGGACCCAAGGGAACACCAUCCCUUCACAGUGUGGGCAGAGAUGGAGGGGUGGAAGUUGCUG